CCUACUGCUACGCUGCACUUCUCCACUCUCAACAAGCAUCUUCAGAGAUAAGUUAUUUGUCAAGUCCCAGUUGGCCAAGCAGAAGAUACUGAAAUGGAAGACUCGGCACAAUUCAGAGCAACGCCCACAAUUGAAUUGCACGGCGAUGAAUUCUGGCCACUUUCAGGGAAACCUUUCUUUGAUAUCAUACUCACAAAAUCCCAUGUCAAACCCAUUUAUGAAAUCGAGAUCCCAGCCAAACUUGAUCCUAUAUUACCCGCUGGUGCUUCAGUCCCCAUGGUUCUCAGCUUUGCGGACAAGAGCUGGGAUAUGACAUAUAAUGAAAUAAAACUAGUGGAUCGACACUUGUGGAGAGCAUUCGUCGAUGACAACAGUCUGAAGGCUGGAGAUGGAUGUAUUUUCGAACUAACGAGGUGUGACAGUACAAAAGUAGUAUUCAAGGUCCAAAUCCUCAGAGGUGACAUCCCAGCUGAGCUAGUAAAGAAGUACCCCGGAGAGGCAGAGAAACCCAUUAUUAUAUAAUGAUGUUUCCUUUCCGUGGAUGUUCCAAUUUCCUGACUCAAAGAAUUGGUCAGGAGCUAAUGUAACAUUGUAAUGUAAGGAGCUCAGUAGAGCCUAAUAAGAGUACUGCUACUUUUUAAUAUGUUUAGAGCUAGAGGUCCAAGCUGAGCUUCUAAAGAAGUUCAUCGGUGAGGCAGAGAUAGAGUGAAUUUCUUGCAAUUUAAGGAGAAACUUGUCAAUGAAGAGUCGACUUCAAGUAUAACUUCUUAUUACUUAUACUUGGUUA